AUGGGUUUCUUGCUUCUUUUGUUUCUGGUGUUCUUUGCUCCACUGCUGCUCUUCAUCGCAUGGCUUGCAGCGUCAUCUUGCCUCGGGAAUCGCUUUCGUUCGAUACGGCCAGGAUCCGACUUCUAUGGGUCGAAUUACCUCCGGACCAUGGCCAAUUCAGGCCCCGCUAUGUCCGAACAGAUCGAGAUGGACGACAUGCUGGCGGAACCAGGAACACACCGUGACUUUGAUGAAGAGGAUUGA